CACUUCUUUCGAUUGGGUCACCGCCACCGGUCGCUUCCGGUGCCGGCAGGACCUCACAAACGCUUGCCCGCUGUGCAUAUCCUGGCGAGUGACGGCUGGCAAGAUAGUGCCUAACGAAACGUUUCACUUUCAUAGCAUUUUGAUAUUCUUAAAAUUAAAAAUCGUAGAGCCACCCGUGUUCCGCACCGUUUUGUUUAAGAAUCUGUCAGGAGAAACUGUUGAUAAGAGCUUCCUGUUAGGGAACUUUUUUGUUUUCCUUUUACCGUAUGAACACACUGGUGGCCCUGGCACAUUGUUGGUGACAUGCCUCCACAAGAACGCGGAUUUAUAAAGCCAGAUGAUGCUCCUCAGGCCCCGGGAUGGCGCGAGGAGCGCUUCGACAAUUUCAGUGAAUUUUCGGGGGCUGCAUUUGUUUAUAAUCCAUGGCGUCAUUACUCGAUCGAUCAGCAACGACAGCGCUUGCCGAUCUUCAAGUUUCGGAAUCACAUCCUGUAUUCUUUGGAGAACUUCCAGACUACCAUUAUUGUGGGUGAAACGGGAUGUGGAAAAACAACUCAGAUUCCACAGUAUCUUGUGGAGGCGGGAUGGUGUUCCAAAGCAGGAACCAGAGUGGGCGUAACGCAGCCGCGAAGAGUUGCAGCCAUUACGAUCUCUCAACGCGUAGCAGAAGAACGCGGUGUUAAGCUUGGUCGCGAAGUAGGAUAUGUUGUGCGUUUUGAUGAUUGCUCCAGCGCGCAGACCAAAAUAAAAUUCGUUACUGACGGAAUUCUUGUCCGCGAAAUGAUGGCAGAUCCCUUGCUGCAACAGUACAGUGUUCUCAUGCUGGAUGAAGUUCACGAAAGAAGCAUUCAGACCGACAUCGCCCUUGGACUGCUAAAGAAAAUUCUUAAAAAAAGAGAGAAUUUGAGACUGAUCAUUAGUUCUGCCACAUUGGAUGCGGAAUAUCUUCGAGACUUUUUUAACAUGAAAGACAGUAUUAAUCCAACAUCCACGAUUCUGACUAUCGAAGGCCGCACAUUUCCGGUAGAUGUGUUUUAUCUUCAAGAUCCAACUCCGAACUACCUGAAUGCGUCCGUUGAAACUGUGGUAAAAAUCCAUCGCAGUGAGCCAAUGGGUGAUGUUCUGGUAUUCCUGACCGGCAUGGAAGAAGUCGACCAGUGUUGUCGCUUGUUAGACGAGCAUGCCGAUGCGUUGGAACGGGAGACAGCCACUAAAUUAAGCAUUCGACCACUGUACGGCGCUCUUCCUCCUGGCGACCAGCUGAAAGCCUUCGAGUUACCGUUAGCAAAAACACGGAAAGUGGUGGUGGCUACAAAUAUAGCGGAGACUAGCGUCACCAUCAGCGGCAUUGUCUACAUCGUUGAUUGUGGUUUCGUGAAAAUUCGCGCGUUUAAUCCUCGAAGUGGAAUAGACAGUCUUACCAUAGUUCCCACCAGUAAGGCAUCCGCGGAACAGCGCGCCGGGCGUGCAGGGCGUGUGCGCUCGGGUAAAGCAUACCGAUUGUAUAGUGAGGAUGCGUACCGAACUCUAGAAAACGCUAGCGUACCGGAACUGCAGCGGACCAGUAUGGCACCGGUUAUUUUACAGCUGAAAGCCCUGGGUGUGGAUAACAUCCUGAGAUUUAAUUAUCCGUCCCAGCCGCCAUCGGAAAAUAUGAUACAGGGUCUGGAGUUGUUACAUGGUUUGGGAGCGCUGGAUGAGAAUGGUACCCUGACAGAGCCACUGGGGAUGCGUAUGGCUGAGUUACCGUUGCAGCCCAUGUUAGCCAAGAUGCUGCUAACUGCGCACCAACAUGACUGUGUGGAGGAGGCCUUAUCCAUCGCCGCCAUCCUCCAGGUCGAACAAGUAUUCAUUAAGCCGGGCCGGGGUGAGCUGAAGGUCCACGCUGAACGGUGUCGAAGGAAGUUCUCCGUUUUGGAGGGCGACCAUAUCACAUUGCUGAAUGUAUAUACUGCUUUUCUCCAUUAUGGGAAAAGUAGCCAGUGGUGUCGACAGCAUUUUCUGCAUUAUAAGGGAUUGUGUCGGGCCGUGGAAAUCCGUGCACAAUUGGUUAAAUUGCUGUCCCGGUUAAAAGUUCCGGCCAAAAAUUCUGCAGAGCAAGUUGCGGGUGCUUUAUAUGACAUUGACAACGUUCGCCGUUGCAUUGUAUCGGGAUUUUUUGCUAACGCCGCAUAUCGACAUUACUCCGGAUCGUAUCGUACGGUACGAGAUGAUCACGAGCUGCAUAUUCAUCCUGGAUCGGUCCUUUAUACGGAAAAACCUCCAGACUGGGUUGUUUACAAUGAAGUUCUGCAGACCAAUCAGGAAUACAUGAGAGAUGUGACCGCCAUUGAACCGCAGUGGUUAUAUGAACUUGCACCACAUUAUUAUCAAUACGCUACCGAAAGAGAACUGCUAUCUAAAAAGUUCAAAGAAUCGGAGAACGACUGAGAGUCUGGAUAGUAAAAUUCAGUACUAUUCAUCAUUAAUUUUGCAUCCUGUAUAUGGUUGUGUACUGCAGCAGCUCUUUUAGAUUCCUUGAUCUGCCCACUGAGUGACCACUCUUCACCACCACUGCUCUGGAAAGUUUGCCUUUGCUCGCGCCAGCCGGCGUGGGUAAACUUUGUUAGACCGAGAGAAGUUUGACCACGUUUGAACGUGUAGCCCACCGUUUCAAGAAGACCGUAUGUGAUGUGCACUAUGUUCGUUCCGGCUGCAUCGCCAUCGAUUUGUUCUGAGGAUUUCUGACAAAUGUUAUGCCGUGCAACUACUCAGCAGCGUUAGCAAUAAACUGGCCGUUUCCGUGUUUCGGAGAAUCCACGAUGACGUACGCACAAAUUAAUGGACAAGCUAUGCGAAAAUCCCAAUUUUUACAUUUUGUCGGGUAAUCGGCGAAUCGCCAGCUUUACAGCAUGCGGUUCGUUAAUUGUUAAGUAGGUGUAAAUAAUGACACCGCACACGUGAUGUGAUGAAUUAAGUACCAACAUACUGUAAUUGGAAGAAAAGUUUCGUAGGAACUAACAAGUAAAUAAUUGUUUAUGGAAAAAUUCCAUGUUCCUUGGGUAUCAUUGUGAAAUUAUUUAUGUAUUUUUUUAUUGGACGGAAGUUUU